CUGGCGUGCUCUAAAUUUACGGUUUUCUGAGGGAGUGGGUCCAAGACGUAAACCGAUUCAAAGUCAGUUUAGUGGCGAACCGCUAGCGGUUUGUAGUUUGUCGUCACGAGAAGUACUUCCUGCUAAAAAAAAGGGCCCAAAAGUAAACAGAAAUCGAGGUUGUGGCUGAGAAAUGUGUCGAAUGUGUUGGUCAGUUAGCGUAUUUUAACGGCCGUGCUGCUGAAAUAAACCCGGAAUUCGCGGGAAAAGAUGAACGACCAAGAAAAGAUGGAGAUGGUGUUGUUCCGGUUGCCCGGACACGGGGACGUGACCCUGAAGCACAUGAACUUACUCAGGUCUCGCCAACAUUUCUGUGACAUCACCAUCGUGGCCAGCAACAAUCAGACAUUCAAAGGACAUAAGGUGGUGCUCGCUGCCUGUUCGCCCUUCCUGAGGGAUCAGUUCCUCCUGAACCCGUCACGCAGGCUCCACGUCUCGAUGCUAUACAGCUCCUCGGUGGUGUGUGAUUUGCUGCUGUCGUGCUACACUGGUUUCCUGCAGUUCAAUCCAGAGGAGAUAGUCAACUAUUUAACUGCUGCUAGCUACUUUCAAAUGGAGCACAUCGUGGAGCGCUGCAGAGGGGCGCUGGAGAAGUACGUUCAGCUAAAGGACCUCAGCCCAACAAAGCUGGCUGAGGAGGAAUGUCAGACGCGACCGGUUGUCAUCAGCGGGAAUGUUCAUUCUGUUGCAUCACCUCCCCCCUCUCGACUCUCCCCCAUGCAGCAGCACAGCCCUGCUGUCCUCUCGGUGGGGGACAACAGCGAAGCCUCUGCUCAGGACAGCACUCAACACCAUGACAGUCCUGUCCUAGAGGACAAUUUUAUUAGGAUUAACGCAUCGGAUGAGGAGGAGGAGGCCAGGCAGGAAGACUACAACUCAUUCAGAAUGUGCGUCUCUGAAGAGGAGCAGGCGAACCGAGAGCGGGAGGCUGAGAACGGAGGCUCCUUUGAUGUCCCUGGGGACGUUUGUUUCCCAGAGACGGGUGGACUUGUUAUUGCUGCAGAUGGGCGGGAAUACGACUUAAAUGCAGCAGAAGAUCUUAGUUUGGCGGGUCUUUCGGCUGAGGGCCUUCGUGUGAUCCGGCGCAGGUUGUACGACCCUAAAAUUGGUCGUGGCAGAGGGAGGGGUCGAGGUCGGGGUUUGAAGAGGAGACGGUGGGCGUUGUCUCCGGAGAAGAGGCUGCCCAGUAUAGCUCACCAUCAGGACUUGUGGUUCCUUGCAGCUGGUGGACUGGGAGCUAAUUUAGGUCUGGACUACAGCCAGGAGGAGCUGAAGGCCGCAGGAAGUUUAGUUUCAGCGGAAUUUCCCCGGUUAGACUUGAGUUUGAGCAACGCUCACGGUGAGAGGCUCUCGCCCGUCACUGCCAACGGUGUGAAUCAGUUUUCUCUCGAGGAUUCCGGUGCUGGUGAGGGAAGUUCAGGUUUGACGGCUGUUGGAGGGAACGAGGGAGAGGAUGAGUCUGUUGCUGUGGUGGAGUCUACCUCCAGCGCGUCCGGCCCCAUCAUUUGCGAGCACUGUGGCCUGACUUUCCCCUCGGCUCACUCCCUGGCCAUCCACUCCCGCUCCACUCACCUGCUGUACAUCUGCCCCUGCUGUGGCAAACACUUCCACCACGCCACCAACCUGACCAGACACAUGGCCGUGCACCGAGGGGCUGGCAAGGCCCACCAGUGCCCCCUCUGCUACAAGACUUUCACCCAGAAGUCCACGCUGAUAGACCACAUGAACCUCCACAGCGGGGAGCGGCCACACCACUGCGCCUACUGCCAUGCCCGCUUUGCUCACAAGCCUGCUCUACGGCGCCACCUGAAGGAGCAGCAUGGUAAAACCACAGGGCAGAACUCGCUGCACGAGCAGGAGGAAAGGGAGAGGGCGAGAGGAGUCGUUGAGAUGGUACGGGAGGAGGAUCAGGAAUGCCGGGUUGCUGAACAAGUGUCCUAGGUCCAAAGCUCUUCAGCUCGCUGCGGUCACACCUGCUGUUGGCAGAGUCACGGUGUUAAAGUGCUAAAUUCAUUCAGAAGCCUUUAAAUAUUUAAAACUCAUUUGUACAUCAUAACAACGAUGAAUGAAUGAAUCUUUACUGUCAAGGAAACACGUUCAGCUAAAUUAGAUGCAGUCCCUCCCUGCGGAGUUCAAAGUGGUAGAAAAUAAAAGUUGAUGUGAAAAGAUAAAAACAAAGUGAAUCUAUAUAUUUUAGGUCAUUUUUUAGCCUGUUGGCUGUUUGUGUGUUUGAGCUGUGAACAUGAAUAAUAGGAAGACUCCGAAACCAAAGUGGAUAAGUCAGAAUUUUUUACAUUUAUCAUUUUAAGGUAUUUGAAUGUUUUUAAAUGUCAUGUAGUUCAAUGGAUUUUAUUUUGAAUUAUACAUUUUUAACAUGUUUUUGUAUAAUAAAUGAGCACAUCUACAAAAAUAUUGUCAAGUGUUACUAACAUAAAAUAGAUGUGGUGCAAAAAUGGUGCAAAAUGUUUUUGAACCAUUCUAUCAAACAUGAGACUGAUCUGCUGCACAACGCUGCAUCAGUUGAGAGUUGCACAAGUUGAAUCGUGCGUGCAAAUUUUUUCAGUUUUUGGUGGUGAGAUUUAUCAGAUCUAAACAUUUACGUGGAAGUUUGCACCAUUUAGAACAUCUAGAAUAAUUACUGUAGAAAUACAAGAAACCCAGACAAGGAAAAAAAGUCAUCAGUAAUUUGCUGCCUGUCAGUCUGAGGAAAAGUUGGUUCGUUUUCAAUAUUCCUUGGGCGAGACACUUAACCCGCCUUGCCUGCUGGUGGUUGUCGGAGGGGCCGAUGGCACCAGUGUUCAGCAGGCCUCGCCUCUGUCCGUGUGCCCCAGGGCAGCUGUGGCUCAUCGUCCGUGUGUGAAUGGGUGGCUGACUGAUUGUGUUGUGAAGCACCUUGAGGGGUUGUAGAACCCUAAGAAGGCACUAUACGAAUACGAGACAUUUACUCCCAGGAGUAAAAGUUCCAUUAAAGUCAUUCCUAGGUCAGAGGUAAGACUGCGACUCACAGGAAGUCUCAACAGGUCUGGUUUGACAAAUAGUUCUGCAUGGUUUAGGUUUGCUUGCAUCUUAAUAAACCCCAAGUUUUUUUGGAACAAUGUUCUGUAAAUAAAAGACACAGAGAUGUUUA